AUGCCUUACGAUCGCGAUGUAGUCGUCAGUUGCAUCGAGAGGCACUAUGAUUUGCUCGUGCGCAUGGCCUACCUCGACUCGGAUACGAUCCUCCGCCCGCCGCCUGAAGGUUGGAGUGAUGAGCAGCUUGCUGUUGACACAUUACAAGAGUGGAAACGGUCGGACAGAGUCAUUGAUCUCUUGCGUCACUUGCCUUAUCUGAGUAGGAAUAUGUUUGACGAUAAACACGAGGUCUACAUCGUAACGGAAGCAUGCAAUUACCUUCGCAAUUAUGGCUGGCUGAAAGACGAAUACAAAAAGGACGCUAUCAGGUAUAUGUCGCCAUGUGGGGAGGAGGAGGAAAUACCUGCUGGUAUGAUACCGUUGAGCCAGGGCAACGAAGCGACAGUGUGGAUGAUAGAUACGGACCAAGGUAUGAGCCGCAUACAACGUGCAUCAUCGGAUAUUGACAGGUUUCACUAG